GUUGCUUUACGCGCACGCGAGUUUCUUCCUCUAGUUUAAAAACCCUAAAACUCAGAAAUUAAAUAAGGGUUUUGGGUAAUCUCUCUCCUGAUUUGAUAUUCUACUAUGGAUCCUCAACCAGAGCCAGUUAGCUAUAUAUGUGGAGAUUGUGGACAAGAAAACACUCUCAAGUCUGGAGAUGUGAUUCAAUGCAGAGAGUGUGGCUACCGUAUCUUGUACAAGAAACGAACAAGAAGAAUUGUUCAGUAUGAAGCUCGCUAAGAUUGUGGAGUGGACUGGACUGGAAUGAAUGAUUGUGGACUUCUUAAUUUGGUUGCUUUUGUAUAUAUAGUUAUCUAUAUUUGUGACUUGAAGAAUCAAUCAAUGUUUGUUUGGUUAUUGUUUUUCUGGCUUGACUGAAUAUGCCUGUCUAUCUGUCUGUGUUGACGUGAAGAAUUAAUGUUUUGCGAUAUGAAUUACUAAACUUUGAAUUAAUUAUAUUUGCUAUUAUUGUUUCUA